AUGGAUCAGGACAUUGCCAUCGUUAUCCCAGCCAGGCAGAAAGUUGAGAUCGUCGACCUUACCUCCUCCGACGAUGAUGGUGCAUCUUGUCGUAAAGCUAGGGAUGCUGCUGCUGCUAAGCGCGCAGCUAAGCGUGCAGCUAAGCGUGCAGCUAAGCGUGUAGCUAAGCGCGCAGCUAGGGAGGCUGCUGCUAGUGAGGCUGCUGCUAGGCGUGCUGUCAAGCUGACACAUCGAGGUCCUAGGAUAAAGGGACGUGACACAUAUGACAAGUACUGCGUGUUUCCCAAUCGUGUUAGCAUGAAUCCUGAACAAGUUAAAACCUUGAAGUAUGAAGCUCGUAUGCUGAAACCAACAAUUCCUUUCUACGUGUGCACUAUGAAGGAAGGAAAUACCCUGGAAGGCAAAGCAAAAAUGUACUUCACUAGGAAGUUCAGCAAGGCCUACAUCUCAAAGAAUCUUGACCUGCCAGCAAAUGUGAAAGUGUUCUCCAACAAGGAAAGCUGUGGGAAAGUGAGGAUGAUCAUGGGCAAAGGAAAGGCAACAGGUGCACAGAUCACAACAAACUGGAGAGUUGUGGUGGAGAAUACCAGGAUGGAGAUAAAUGAUAUCUUCAUAUUUAGGUUCCGUGUUAGCGCCAAAGAUGGUCGCUUGUUGUUCGUUAAAGAACUCAAGUAA